UCGUAAAAACAAACGUGUAGUCUUACACAUUUUGGCCGGAUUUGUGGCACAUAUUCCCUCAAAUAACUGAGGUGUUGGACAGAAAGGAAGAAUAAAUGUCCAUUUCCUUGGUAGUUCUCAGAUUUGAGGUUGCAGAUAAUUUGCCAGGGCCCCAAGGUUUAGAUUACUGUGCCCCUGGAUUUAUGGCUUGUAAAGAAAUUUCAGCAUCAGAAGAGGGCAAACUCACAAGUGGAGAAGAAAAAGAGCCCAUGUCUACUGAUGCUAUCUCUGAGGAAAAAAUGAAAGUUCAUCGGGGUGAAAGAUAUGUUCAUGACAUUCACAUUGAAACUCAUGCAAGGAGUAGUGACAAAGAUACAAACUUGGAUUCUGCUCAUGGAGACGAAAAAGAGGAGAAAAGUGUAGGACAGGGAAAGAUAGCUUUCUUCUGUGGAAAUCCAAUGGUAGAGAUCAUCCAGGGAAUUAUUCACAUCUACAAGAACAAUGACAUGACUUUGUUAAGUGACGGAGUCCAGCGGAGUGAAAUGGUCUGCAUGUUAGCUGUCCCUGCUAAAAAGACAUGCAAGGAUCUUAUGGAGUUUGUAGCUCCUUCAGAGGAGUUUAUUGAAUGUGUCAAGAUCAUCAGAGAUAGCAACCCAAAUCAUUACAUGGUUCUUGUCAAAUUCAGGAAUCAGGAAAUUGCAGAUGAUUUCUACAAUACAUACAAUGGCCAUCAUUACAAUCUCUUAGAGGAUGAGGUUUGUCAUUUAGUGUAUGUUGCUAAAGUGGAGACCAAGAAAUUAUCAGAAGGAGGAAGUCUGCCAUGUGAAGGACUGACUGAACUGCCGAAAUGCCCAGUGUGCUUAGAACGUAUGGAUGAAUCUGUCGAGGGAGUUCUAACAAUUUUAUGUAAUCACUCAUUCCACGGAAGCUGCCUGUCUAAAUGGACUGAUACGACUUGUCCAGUAUGUAGAUAUUCCCAGACUCCUCAGCCCGUCGAUGAUAACAAGUGUUUUGAGUGCGAUUCAAGUGAGAGCCUGUGGAUUUGUCUCAUUUGCGGUCACAUUGGUUGUGGUAGAUAUCUUAGAUCUCACGCAAAAAGACAUUUCCAGGAAACACAUCAUACAUAUUCCUUAGAGCUUGGAACACAGCGAGUUUGGGACUACACAGGAGACAACUUUGUUCAUCGUCUGAUCCAGAAUAAAACCGACGGCAAGCUUGUUGAAUAUGGCUCAGAACAACAGGUUGCGGAUGAAGAAAAAAUGGAUUCACUGUCACUGGAGUAUACCUACUUAUUGACGAGCCAGUUGGAGAAUCAGAGACUUUAUUUCCAAGAUAAGAUAACUCAAAUAGAAAAAGAUGCCGUAGAACAGAGGAAUAAUAUGGAAGAGAGAACAAAGAAAACACUGGAGGAGUGUAAGAAGUUGGAAUUAAAGCUUACCGAAGUUGAGCAAGAAAAAAAGAAUUUGGACAAAAAAUACACACAGGUUGCAAGUAAGGUUGGCAAGCUUGUUAAAGAUCUUAAAGACGAGCAAGAGUUAAACAAAUGUUUGCUAGAUAAUCAAAAGUUAUGGCAAGAAAAGUUGAAGAAAACGGAAGACAAACUGAAAGAUGUGGAGGCAACCAGACAACAGGAAGUGAGCGAUCUUCAAGAACAGUUAGCGGAUCUUAUGCGUCAUUUAGAAACGCAACAAGCAAUAUCAAACGCACCGGUAGAAACACGACAGGAGUUGCAAGAUGGUCAACUUUUCCUGGGAGAGGGAUCGUCUCCGACGCACCAAUCAAAGGGGAAAUCGAGACGGAAAAAAUAAGUCACGCAACACUUCAAGCUGGUGAUUAUCGAGUUCUGUAACUACCUACGAAGUCACGCAACAUCGGGGAACGUCAAGAAACGGAGAGGCAAGCCUUGGACUCAAUUCACGAUUCAGCUAUUGAGGGAGAAACAGUUGCGCAGACCAGCAGGGAGAGAGGG